AUGACGAAGUUCCUACUAACCAAGAAGUUACAGGCAUUGAUCGAACAAUCAAGCUUGGAUAAAGAUAAAAAGAAGAAGUUUCUAUCUCAGGAAAGCAUAGAUCACCUGGACUUGGUUUCCUUUUACCGCCAGACGAAGCCAUGUCUGUCGCUUUUAGAACUUCUUAAGACCACGAAGUUGGUUAUUCCAAAUAAAAACACAAAGAAUGAAGAAAUUCCAAAGUCAAAGGAGUUCCUAGCAUCCAUGGAGAAGCUUCGACUUCAAGCUAGAGAAGAUGAUUACCAGCGUCUUGUCCAGAAGAGCCAGCGUGAUCCAUUCAAGCUUUAUGAACAGAAGGUGGACGAUGACUGGAACCCAGCAAGAGCCCAUAAGGAGGUCAGAAGCCAUAUCACCACGAUCUUCAAUAUAUUUAUCAGUGUUGUCAGUGUUGUGUACGCGGUGUGGUACUGGACAAGCAGCUCUGUCAGAAUGAAAGAUAGUUACCGUGUCUUACUAUGCUUGUUCGCCGGUAUUCUUAUUCUAGUAGCCGAAGUUGUGGUUUACUUGGGAUACUUGAACAAGAUUGAAGAUGCCAGAGUAAGGGAACGGAGUAAGAAGGAAGUGAAGAAGGUCAUCCAAACGAUUAAACUAGAAUAA